CUGGGCCGCAGGGGUGGGACCGCCGCCUUCAACUGUUGGCCGGGCCUGCGGGGCUAUGGGCCGGGUCGGGCUGGGCCGGGCUAGGCCUGGGCGGGGCCACAAGAUCCGGGCUGAGUUUUAGUCCGCCUCGUUGCCGUUAUGGCGGGCUCCCUGCUUCCACAGCAGCUCUUCCUCCAGGGCGUGGCCGCCGUCUUCUUGUUCGCCUUCGCUUCCCUCUAUACGCAGAUCCCAGGCCUCUAUGGCCCCGAAGGCAUCCUGCCAGCGCGGAGGAUGCUGCGGCCCCAGGGAAAGGGGCGCUGGCAACAACUGUGGGAGACCCCGACGCUGCUAUGGGAAGCGCCGAGGCUGGGACUGGACACAGCCCAGGGCCUAGAGCUGCUGAGCUUGCUGGGCACAGUGCUGGCCCUAGGUCCACUGCUCCUCCGCCGGCUACGCCACCCCCUCGUUUACUUGCUUCUCUGGGCUGCCUACCUGUCAGCGUGCCAGGUGGGCCAGGUGUUCCUCUACUUCCAGUGGGAUUCCCUGCUCCUGGAGACAGGCUUUCUGGCUGUGCUGGUAGCCCCGCUAAGGCAGUUCUCCAGCCCAAAGCAGACUCCCCAGGGGCCACUGGUAGGGGCUUCCGCCUGUAAGCACCUGACCUUCUGGCUGGUGCGCUGGCUGCUGUUUCGCCUCAUGUUUGCCUCAGGUGUAGUCAAACUGACCAGCCGCUGUCCUGCAUGGUGGGGACUCACUGCCCUCACUUACCACUAUGAGACACAGUGUCUGCCCACACCCGCUGCCUGGUUUGCACACCACCUGCCCAUCUGGCUGCACAAGCUCAGCGUGGUGGCUACUUUCCUCAUCGAGAUCGCAGUGCCCCUCCUGUUCUUUGCCCCUAUUCGCCGCCUGCGUUUGGCCGCCUUUUAUACUCAGGUGCUGCUACAAGUUCUGAUCAUUAUCACUGGCAACUACAAUUUCUUCAACCUACUCACCCUGGUGCUCACCACCGCCCUCCUGGAUGACCAGCAUCUGGCUGCUGAGCCUGGGCUCAGCCUCCCCAGGAAGAUGCCCACCUCCUGGCACAGGGUCCUGCUGGGCAAACUGUCCCUGCUGCUAGAACUGGCCACCUAUGCGACACUGGCCUAUGGCACUGCGUACUACUUUGGCCUGGAAGUUGACUGGCAGCAGCAUGUGAUCCACUCCAGAAUCACCUUCACCUUCCACCAGUUCUCCCAGUGGCUGAAGAUGGUGACACUCCCCACUAUGUGGCUAGGCGCAGCCUCUCUGACCUGGGAGCUGCUGUCUGCCCUCUGGAGGUGGGCACAGAUUCGGGGAUGGCUGCAGAAGUUCUAUACUGCAAUCCAGCUUUCCAUCUUGGGUGCUUCCACAGUGGCCCUGUUCCUGAUUAGCCUGGUGCCCUACUCCUACGUGGAGCCUGGGACCCAUGGGCUUCUCUGGACUAAGGCUCACCACCUGUUUGGCACAGUGGAGCACCUGCAGCUGGCCAACUCGUACGGCCUGUUCCGUCGGAUGACCGGUCUGGGUGGGCGCCCUGAGGUGGUGCUGGAAGGCAGCUAUGAUGGACACCACUGGACAGAGAUUGAGUUCAUGUACAAACCUGGAAACGUGAGCCGCCCACCCCCCAUCGUGGUACCCCACCAGCCACGCCUCGACUGGCAAAUGUGGUUUGCAGCCCUGGGCCCACAUACACACAGCCCUUGGUUCACCAGCCUGGUGCUCCGCCUGCUGCAGGGCAAGGAGCCAGUGAUCCGCCUGAUCCAGAAUGACGCUGCCCAGUACCCCUUUAACAAGCAGCCACCCACCUACAUCCGUGCCCAGCGCUACAAAUACUGGUUCUCUCAGCCUGGAGAGCAGGGCCGGUGGUGGCGCCGCCAGUGGGUAGAAGAAUUCUUCCCACCUGUGUCACUGGGAGAUCCCAUCCUAGAGAUGCUGCUGCAGCAGUUUGGGCUUAAGGACAAGUCUCCACCCCGGCCCCACAGCCCUACCCAUGCACUGGCCCGGGCCCUUCACUGGAUACGAAUCCAGCUAUCUCCCCUGGAGCCCCCCAACCUACUCUGGGGGCUCCUGGGAGCUGUGGGUGCCGUGAGAGUUGUGCAAGCCCUGCUGGCCUCUUGGUUGCCCCAGUCUUCCCCCCCAGCCAGAGAAGAAAAUCACAAACUGAUCUCCAAAAAGGAGUCAAGAACUGCAUCCAGACAAGCCGUGCCCACCCCCAACAACUGCAGCAGUGGCUCCCGGACCUCCCGGAGGAAAAAGUAGCUUUGUGUUCUGUCAUGUGUCCCUGGAGGGUCAGGUACCUACUAAGCUCUGACAUGCAAUGGGACAUGGUCCUGCCACUGUGCCUUAGCCAAUCCUGCCAGGACCCACACAGGCUGGUAUACUGUUCACUGAAGGUGCUGCGUGCUGCCUAAGAUUACUGGUCCCCUUACAUCCACUGCCCCCACUGCCUCAGCAUUGACCCAGGAGGUGGCCCAAGGCCCAGCUCAGGAUCCUUGCUGGAAUAUCAUCCCAGUCAUGGGAAGCUUGUCCUCUGCCCCAGGAUGUAGAGGUCUGAGUGUGGAGUCCCUAACCGCAGCCUUUAUCUGGAAGGCAUAAGGGGCUCACUGAGGACAGCAGAGAAGUUGUCACCUGUAUUGUCAUCUCCAUCCACUGACCCACCUUUUGGAUCCAGGCAUCAAUAAAAGCACCCUUGGAGCUUG